AUAGAGGGAAAAGUAAGACCUGGCUCCAAUAGCUAAGCUACUGAAACGGACUUAAAAACUCUCCAAAUUGCCCCAAUUCAACUUUCCCUCUUCUUCCCGCUCACCACAUUCCAACUCCUUUUCUUCAAAACUCAAUAUUUUUCCAAACAUCUGAAAAGCGAAUAGAGGAGUAAAGAGCUGCUAGCGAUGGCGGGAGGCAACACAUUUGCCAAGACCAUUUGCUCAAUCUGCUAUGAGGAUCUCAAACCUAUAGUCGAAGACCUUCAAUCCAUUUCUCUUUGCGGCCAUGUCUUUCACGAGCUUUGUCUUCAGCAAUGGUUUGAGUAUUGUACAAAUGGAAAGAAGAAGAACUGUCCAGUUUGCAAACAGACUUGUACGGAGAAAAACACAAACAGGCUUUAUUUCCAAUCAGUUGGUGAUCCAAAUGAUCCUAGUUUCUCCCAACCAUCACAUGACCUUGAGGGGAGUCCUUGCGAAUUGCGCGAUGAGGUUAAAAGGUUGGAGGGGAAAGUUUUAAAACUGGCUUCUACUCUGGAACAGCAACAGAAAGAUCUCAAAGAAGUUAAUCUUGAGUUGUUCACCUGCAAAGAGCAGUUGAAAGUAGAAGUAUCUCUAAAGAAUGAAGCUAAAAAACAGAAGACAUCAAUUCAACAGCUGCUUCAUCUAAAAUCUCAGGAGCUGGAUCAAUCAACCUUGGAAUGCAGAAGACAUCAAGAAAGAAAUAUGGCCCUAGCUAAGGAGCUCGCAGCACUCAAGCUAGUUUGUGAUGUGAACUUGGGCGAAGAAGAGGUCUUGAAGCUUGCUUCAUUGGGCAAUGAGGCCAACAGUAAAGAGACGAUUGACGUCUUGAAGAAGUCACUGGUCAUGCGUAACAAGAGUUACAAAGAAUUGAUGACCAAAUGCAACACUCUUGGGAGGGGAGAGGCUCGUUCUCUUAGUAAACUUGGGAAGGCUCUAGAGAAGAUAGAUAAGCUCAAGGCAACAGUCCAAGAGCUUGAGAUGGCUGUUGAAGGAAGGGACAAUAGAAUUUUGAGAACUUUGAGAGUUUCCAAGAAAUUUGAUGUUGAUUCUGGAAAAGGUUAUAGUAAAGAACUGAAAGCUGACAGGUGCCCUCAUGAAAAUCAGAAAAAGACGCUUGUUGAGGCAGAAGUAGAUUUGCAUCAGUUCACUGGCUCUGGUCAUGAUUCUAGUCCACAGAAAAAAAGAAAGCUUAUGUCUAAUGAUGCAAGUGAAAAAGGUACAGCAGAUUAUAUAAUAGCUAGUAGUCUUGAUCAAGAUAAUCAGGAGAAAAACUCUUUCCAGAAAAAUAAGGAUACAGGCAUUUCGGAGACUUCCAGUUAUGUGCAUGACGUAUCAAAUCAAAAACUGAGUCUACCAAUUGACCAUAAGAAGGCAGUCAAUGAUAGUGUUUUGUCAAGGUUGGAGGCAACUUCAAAGACUGGCGGUGGAACUCAAGUGCAGGUAUCAGAUAGCAAGGAUGAACUCUCAGGCUCAAGGAGUUGUGGCAAGAGGAGCACAGUAAACAUGUCACCUGUAACUAUUCUUGAUGACGAUGAUUUUCUCCCUCUAGAUGACUCUAUGAAGCGUCAGCCCUCAUUUCACAUCAGAAAAGAGACUUCAUCGCCAGCUUUACUUGCCGAACCAGGAGACAACUGCUUCUCCGGUGGAUUAUUAGGUCCUGAUGGAACCAAUUGGCAUUUGGGAAAAUGGUGUAAGAAGGUGCAGAACAAGAGAUCUGCAGGGUUGCAAAAAUCAAAUGCAAAUUCUGGUGAUUUGAUUUCUGUGGGAGCUGAUGGCAGAGGUGGCAGGAUUAAAGUUCUGCGAUCAAUAAAUCAGGCCUCAUUGGACAAUAAGGAAAGUACAACCUUAGUAAAGAGAUGCAAAUUUGGCACGAAAGCAAGUAAUGUCCAGUCUCAAGGAUGCUUGCAAAUAGAACAUUUCUUCGGCAGGGCUCGUCAAUAGCUCUGUGCUCUAUGGCACUUGUAGAAUUACAUCCUGUAAAUUAUUCAUAAUGAUAGAGUGAGCACCCAUUCAUUUUCCAGCUUUUAGAAAUCUUGCUAGCUAGAUCAGUAUUUUUCCCUAUCUUUUGACGAAAGUUACAGAAACAAAGAGAUCAUUGUGUUGUAAGGAAACUGCAUCCCUUGUAGUUUAGAUGCUGAGUUAUUUUUAUGUUGUAUAAACUUAGAUUAGUUUUGAUUGUAGAAAUAAAUUUAACUGAAUCUAUUCAAAUUGCAUUAGUCAAUUUGGUAUGUUGAUGGAAAAAUAAGUAUAAGAGGGGAAAGUCUCAGUUCCAUUG